CUAGCCAAGCCAUGCGGGCCCGGGGCGCGCCACUCGGUCGCACAUCGCGGCUGCUGCUUCUGCUACUGCUCAAGGUUUCUUCUUUCUCUUCUGCGCUGGGGUUUGUCCCCGCGGCCAGAAAGGAAACUUGUCUCGGGGAGAGCUGCUCACCUACAUUGAUCCAGCGCCGCAGCAGGGAUGUUUGGGGACCAGGAAUUUUUGCAAGAGACGUUCUGAGAGCACGCGCACCCAGGGAGGAACCAGAGAAAGGGGCACGAGAUGUGCCCUCCGGGGACCUACCGGCUGCCCGGGGCGGUGACCCUGGUGCCGCUAGAGGGGCGGAGACGUCGGCGGUUGGGCCCUCGGGACCUCCACUUGGAACCUGGAGGUGGAAAAAUGCCCGCAGUCAGGAGGCACCUGGAAAUUUGGGGAGAGGGGACCCAACGGCCCUCCAACUCUUCCUUCAGACCUCAGAGGAGGAUGAGAAGAGUGCCAGAAGCUCUGGUAUUUCCCGGCGCAGCCAGGAGCAGAGCGUGAGAACAGAACCCGGAGCCAGCGAUCUUUUCUAUUGGCCAAGAAGAGCAGGGAAACUACAGAGCACCCACCACAAGCCCCCAUCCAAAACAAUCAAUGAACCUGCGGGGCACGAAGGGAGGACAAUUGCACCUCCCGGCAGGGCGCUACCCCAGAAUGGGUCCUCUGGUGAGGGAGUUCAUGAUCGCUGGGGUCCCCGUCGAGGGAACAGCACCAGCCGGCGGGUGAGAUUGAAGAACCCCUUCUACCCGCUGACCCAGGAGUCAUAUGGAGCCUACGCAGUCAUGUGUUUAUCAGUAGUGAUCUUUGGAACCGGCAUCAUUGGCAAUCUGGCGGUGAUGUGCAUUGUGUGUCACAACUACUAUAUGAGGAGCAUCUCCAACUCCCUCUUGGCCAACCUGGCCUUCUGGGACUUUCUCAUCAUCUUCUUCUGCCUUCCACUCGUCAUUUUCCACGAGCUGACCAAGAAGUGGCUGUUGGAGGACUUCUCCUGCAAGAUUGUGCCCUAUAUCGAGGUUGCUUCUCUAGGAGUUACUACCUUCACCUUGUGUGCGCUGUGUAUAGACCGCUUCCGCGCUGCCACCAAUGUACAAAUGUACUAUGAGAUGAUCGAAAACUGUUCUUCAACGACGGCCAAACUUGCUGUGAUUUGGGUUGGCGCUCUGCUGCUGGCACUUCCAGAGGUCGUUCUCCGCCAGCUGAGCAAGGAGGAUCUGGGGUUCAGUGGCCGGGCUCCUGCAGAACGAUGUGUCAUAAAGAUCUCUCCCGAUUUACCGGACACCAUCUACGUUUUAGCCCUCACCUAUGACAGCGCGAGACUCUGGUGGUAUUUUGGCUGUUACUUUUGUUUACCCACACUUUUCACCAUCACCUGCUCUUUAGUGACUGCAAGGAAAAUCCGCAAAGCAGAGAAAGCCUCUACCCGAGGGAAUAAGCGGCAGAUCCAACUAGAAAGCCAGAUGAACUGUACAGUAGUGGCAUUGACCAUUUUGUAUGGGUUUUGCAUUAUUCCUGAAAAUAUCUGCAAUAUUGUCACUGCCUACAUGGCUACCGGAGUUUCACAGCAGACAAUGGACCUACUGAAUAUCAUCAGUCAGUUUCUUUUAUUCUUUAAGUCCUGUGUUACCCCCGUCCUCCUCUUCUGUCUCUGCAAACCCUUCAGUCGUGCGUUCAUGGAGUGCUGCUGCUGUUGCUGCGAAGAAUGCAUCCAGAAGUCUUCAACAGUGACCAGUGAUGACAAUGACAACGAGUACACCACAGAGCUCGAACUGUCUCCUUUCAGUACCAUACGCCGGGAAAUGUCCACUUUUGCUUCGGUUGGAACUCAUUGCUGAAGGAC